CUGAAUUCAGAUCCAAUCGCUCACACAUACACAAAGGUGUCGUGUGAAACGGGAUUGGAGGUGAGGAAGGAGGAAGAGAGUCUUUGUAAUGGCAAUGGUGGUGGUUAAAAAAUCGGUGAUUGGAUGUUCGUUUCUGUUUCUGGUUUCGUUGCUUGUGUUUGUCGCCGUCGCCGGUGCAGCUCAGAACGAGGACAACUCGAAUCCUAGGGAUGUUGAAGAAGAUCAGUUUCACGGCUUGAAUAUUUCAUCAUUUGCAGCUAGAGCAAAGGAGUCUCAAGCUUUGAAUGAAAAUGCAGUUCAAGAUCCUGAGGAGGUGGUCUCCAUGGUUGAAAUGAGCAUGAGAAACAGCACUGAAAGAAGGAAACUAGGAUACUUCUCGUGUGGAACCGGUAAUCCCAUUGAUGAUUGCUGGCGGUGUGACCCAAACUGGCAGCGCAACCGMAAGCGYCUUGCYGAYUGUGGYAUUGGUUUUGGYCGKAAUGCCAUYGGAGGCCGUGAWGGWCGKUUUUACGUKGUSACKGAYUCCRGRGAYKACGAYSCYGUKAACCCACGACCYGGCACMCUWCGKCAYGCKGUCAUMCAAGAUGCUCCKUUGUGGAUUGUGUUCAARCGWGACAUGGUGAUCCARUUGAAGCAAGAACUUAUCAUGAACAGUUUUAAGACCAUCGAUGCUCGGGGAGUCAACGUCCACAUUGCUAACGGAGCUUGCCUUACCAUCCAGUUCAUCACCAACGUCAUUGUUCAUGGUUUGCACAUCCAUGACUGUAAACCCACUGGGAAUGCCUUGGUGAGAAGCUCACCUUCCCAUUAUGGUUGGAGGACAAUGGCUGAUGGUGAUGCCAUCUCCAUCUUUGGGUCGAGCCAUAUAUGGAUCGAUCACAAUUCUUUGUCCAACUGUGCUGAUGGACUCGUUGAUGCCGUCUUGGGCUCGACCGCCAUCACCAUUUCCAAUAAUUACUUCACUCACCACAACGAGGUGAUGCUGUUGGGCCAUAGCGACUCGUAUAUGAGGGACAAGCAAAUGCAAGUGACUAUCGCCUACAACCAUUUUGGAGAAGGUCUUAUUCAAAGAAUGCCAAGAUGUAGACAUGGAUAUUUCCAUGUGGUGAACAAUGACUACACUCACUGGGAGAUGUAUGCCAUUGGUGGAAGUGCAAGCCCCACCAUCAACAGCCAAGGCAACAGAUACCUUGCCCCUGUCAAUCCUUUUGCCAAAGAGGUUACAAAGAGGGUGGAUACAGCUGCAAGCCAAUGGCAUGGUUGGAACUGGAGAUCAGAGGGUGAUUUACUUCUUAAUGGGGCUUAUUUCACCCCAUCUGGUGCUGGAGCCUCCGCAAGUUAUGCCAGGGCUUCUAGUUUAGGUGCCAAGUCAUCUUCCAUGGUUGGCACCAUCACAUCCGGUGCUGGUGUCCUCGGCUGUCGUAGAGGCCGCCAGUGCUAGCAAGUCGCCCACCACCCCUCCUCCAUUUCGUAAAGAGUCAUAUUUCUUUUUCUUUUUUUACAGUUACCGCCUGCCUAUAUAUAAAUCCUUCACAUCUCCACUGCCUCUUACUCUAUUCUGUGCAAGUGAACAUUUUUAUACACUAUAUCUUUCCCUACUUGAAUCGUUUUCGUCAUGACCAGCCAAUUUGGUUAUCGUUGACCCAUUGUGGUCCCCACCUGUGCAACCUCGGCCAAGGUUCAAUGAAAAGAAACCAAGGAGCAGUUGUUCAUCCAUUUAUCCGUCCCCUUUUCCUGACCGUAGCUGGUUUGAAUUGUGUACGUAGUAUAUCCGUCCCCUUACUUUAAUAUUUUUAUUUUUAUUUUUAUUUUAAAAUUUAAAAUUUAUUUAUGGUUGUAAUGUUAGUUUUUGUUGCGUCAUAGAAAAAGGCAGAGUGUGAAUGUGAAAAGCAGGAGCAAUGAAAAAGGGGAAAUUAUUUGUUAUG